AUGACGUCCGUAUGGGCUUUUCUAAUAGACAUGUUGACGGCUUUUGGAUUUAUGUUUAUUUUUUGGAUUAUACUUAAAGGAUUUUCCAAGGAUACAUCUGAAGACAAAAAAUUACAACCGGAAAACGAUAAGCCCGCAACGAUUUGUUGUUGCAUCGAUCGUUAUUGUUGCAAGAAAAAAAUACCAUUAACAAUUACAGUACCAAAUAAAAUAUGCCAUGCCGAAAGACACAAAUAUCCGUUAUUUUCCUAUAAACGAUCACCAAAACUUAGAGCAUAA